UUCACCUUUCAAUCUCUAAUUUAAUCUCUUUGCUUGCUUCAUUUUAAAAUCUAGCUAGUUCAAGAAAUUUGGGAGCUGUUUUAUUUUUUGUAACUUGUACUAAUUAAGUAAAGCCAUGUUUAGAGCAAUGAGUACACGAAGAGGCUAUAGAGGAUAUGAAGAAUUGAUUAAGGAAGAGGAGGUUUCUGCUCCAAUAUUAGGGAAACCAAAGUUGAGCAGAAACAGAACGGUUCCAGCUACUGCUAAAUUCUUUAGCUCUUCAUCCAAGAAGGUGACGUCCGAGGAUAAUUUCCGAGCGACUAGUCAACUAAAGAAAGCGAAAAAAGCGAGCAAGAUUCACCCAAUAUUCAGUCUUUUUGAAACCAAGAAGAAAAACAAGGCAACUGCAAAGCCUGAAUUCUCAAGGUACAUUCAAUAUGUUAGAGAAGGAGGUUUUGGAGAUGUAUUGCAGACGACUUCCUUCAAAUCCUAAAUUCUCGAUUUACAAUUUUAUUUUAGUUAGUACUAUGUGGUUUUGUAUAUAUACGUCAUAGAUUAUAUAGGAAUGUUGGUUUGUUUGCUCUAUUUCUUCUUACUUCUCUUUUUGAGAGAUUAUGGGAUAUAUAGGUGUUGGUUGUUACUAUAUAUAAGUACAAAUAUAUUGUUGUA